AUGCUGGCCAGACCAUACUGGGUGGUGGUGGUCCUACUGCUCCUAGCUGGGGUUUCCAGGUUUGGAGAAGGGGCUUCUAAUCCCGGGAUCGUGGCCAGGAUCACCAGAAGUGGCCUGGAUUAUGCCCGCCAUUACGGAGUGGCCAUCUUGAAGAAAGAACUUGCUGGCAUCGCUGUGCCCGAUUUCGUGGGGAAAUUCAAAAGUGGUUGGCUUGGAAGUGUGAGUUACGAGUUUCACAGACUGAAGAUCCAACACUUUGAGCUCCGGAAUUCAGAAUUAAGUCUACUCCCCGGGCAAGGAGUGAGAGCCUCCCUCUCCAAUAACUACGUGUCUGUCAGCGGGAACUGGAAGGUGAAAAAGGCUUUCGUCACCCUGGAGGGCACCUUUGAUCUGAGAGUGGAUGGCAUUUCCAUCUCAGUUUCUCUGAAGCUGGGUAAGGAUGACUUUGGACGGCCCACCGCCUCUGUGGCUGACUGCAGGAACUCCAUUGGCCACGUCAGCAUUUACAUUUCCGGACACCUGGAGUGGCUCCUGAAUCUCUUCCAUAAAAAAAUUGAAAACAAGUUCAAAGAAAUCAUGCAAGAAAAGAUCUGCAAUAUAGUCCAGCGGUCAACAACCGGACAUCUGAUGCCCUAUCUCCAGACUUUGCCAGUCACUUCCAUGAUUGAUCAGUUUGCUAGCAUUGACUACAGACUGGCAGAAGCCCCCCUGGUGGUGUCCCAAGGGCUAGACACAUUCUUCAAGGGUGAAUUCUUUAGCCAAAAGUGGCGAUCUCCAGUCCCCUUUGAUGCUCCAGCCAUCAAACUCUCCCAGGAAGAUGAUCAUAUGGUCUACUUUGCAGUCUCUGAAUACGUCUUCAACACUGCCAGCCAAGUUUACCACCAGGCUGGGCGUAUGAACUUCACCUUCCAAAAUAAGCAUAUUCCCCUGGACUCUCAGAUCCAUCUUAACACCAAUUCAUUCCGGACUAUUAUUCCUCGGCUGGGCAGGCUGUACCCCAACAUGGAGAUAGAGCUUCAGACAUCACCUGAAUCAGCACCGUUCCUGAUGUUUUCCCCGGGGAAUAUAACUUUUAUGCCAGUGAUGGACGUCCAGGCCUUUGUCCUCCUGCCCAACUCCACUGAACGCAAGCCACUCUUUCAACUCAGGGCGAGAACCAAUAUCUCUGUCACCAUCAAUGUGACCUCCAACAGGAUUGUGGGGUUUGUGACCCCAGGAAGUGAGCUGAAACUGGAGCUGAAACACUCCAAUGUCGGUUCGUUCAAUGUGCAGUUGAUGGAAGCCAUCCUCAAUAUCUAUACCCUCUACACCAUAUAUCCCUACUUCAAUGGGCACCAGCAGCCCGAGAUCACUUUCGAAUACAGGGGUGGCAGAGGCCAGGACAGCCCGGAAGGGGCGCUGGAGCUAGGGAACAGCCACAGUCAAGGAGAGAGCAUCCCCACAGCUGCCUCUACGCCCUACAGAGACCACACAACCUCCCGGCAGGAAGAGUCACUUCCAGCAUAA